AUGUAAUAUGAUAAGGAAUUGAAAGAAGACUUGUAUGAAAUUUUAAAUCAAGCGACAGCAGUUGAUGAAUUAAUUUUCAUUGAGACGAUUGAACUGUUAGAAAAAUGUAAAGUUUCAGAUUGUUGUUUAACAUUUCUUGAAUCUUGCUAUCCUUAAAAAUAUGUCUUUGAAAAUAAGCAUUUAAACACUAUAGAAAAGAAAUAGAAACUCGAUUUAUUUAAAAAUGACUUUAAGAAAACCAUUAUAUUAUUAAAAUAAGUAUCUGAACAUGACUUUAAUAAUAAUGACUAUUCAAGUGAUAAUUACAUUGUAAUUAGACAAACUCUAAUUAAAAAGAUAUCAAAAAAUUAGAAGAUUAUAAAAUUGUUACAAUUUUUAGUUCUUCUCACAACUAUAGACUAAAAAUUCAUAUAAUGUGGUUCAAAUUCAUUAAGUUUGUUAGUUGAGAUGAAAGUUGAUAUCAGAAAACUAUGUCUUGAGAAUAUAAGAAUUAAGAAUUCAUCUUUAAUUGGAGCUAAUUUUGCAAAAUGCAAUUUAAGUGGAUCUGAAUUUGAAAAUGUAGACAUAAGUGGAGUAAAUUUGAAUGGAGCUGAAUUAUAUAAUUGUAAAUGGAAAAAUUUAAGAAUACAUGAGUUACUAAAAUUAGAGGGUCAUACUAGUUAAGUUCUUUCAGUAUGUUUCUCUCCUGAUGGGGCUAUAUUAGCAACUGGCAGUGCAGAUAAUUCUAUCCGUUUGUGGGAUUUUAAGACAGGACAAUAAAAGUCUUAGUUCAAUUUUAAUAGUGGAUGGGUAUAUCAAGUAUGUUUUUUUCCUGAUGGUGAUACUUUAGCAUCGGGUAGUGAUGAUGGCUCUAUUUGUUUAUGGGAUGUUAAAACAGGAAGCUUAAAAACUUAGUUAAAUGGCCAUACCGAUUAUGUCCGAUCAGUUUGUGUCUCUCCUAAUGGUACUACAAUAGCAUCUGGUAGUAAUGAUAACUCUAUCCGUCUUUGGGAUGUCAAAACAGGAUAAUAAAAAGCCAAAUUAGAUGGUCAUACUAGUUAUGUCUACUCAGUCUGUUUCUCUCCUGAUGGAAAUACAUUAGCUUCAGGUAGUGAUGAUAACUCUAUCUGCCUUUGGGAUGUCAAAACAAGAUAAUAAAAAGCUAAAUUAGAUGGUCAUACUAGCACUGUCAAUUCAGUAUGCUUCUCUCCUGAUGGUAAUAGUGUAGCAUCUGGUAGCUAAGACAUGUCUAUCCGCAUAUGGGAUGUUUAGACAGGAUAAUAAAAAGCCAAGCUGAAUGGUCAUACAUAUGAUGUAAAUUCUGUAUGUUUUUCUCCUGAUGGUAUCACAUUAGUAUCUGGGAGUGCAGAUACAUCAAUCCGCUUAUGGGAUGUUUAGACAGGAUAAUAAAUAUCUCAAUUGGAUGGUCAUGGAAGUUGGGUAUUAUCAGUAUGCUUUUCUCCUAAUGGCAAAAAUGUAGCAUCUAGUAGUCGAGAUCAUUCAGUCGGUUUGUGGGAUGUUAAGAUAAAAAUUUACAACAAUAAAUUAGUUGGCCAGAGUGAUUUUGUUAAUUCUGUAUGCUUCUCUCAUAAUGGUGAAUUAUUAGCAACUGGUUGUGGUGAUAAGACAAUUUGUUUAUGGGAUGUUAAGACAGGAGAAUAAAUAUUAAAAUUAGAAAAUCAUAGUAGUUGGGUUGAGUCAGUUUGCUUCUCUCCAAAUGAUGAUACAUUAGCAUCUGGUAGUGCAGAUAAAUCAAUUCGUGUAUGGAAUGUUUAGACAGGAUAAUAAAUAUUAAAAUUAAAUGCUCAUACUGAUGUUGUCAAUUCAGUAUGUUUCUCUCCAGAUGGUGCUAUAUUAGCAUCUGGUAGUGCAGAUAAAUCAAUUUGUUUAUGGAAUGUUUAGACAGGAUAAUAAAUAUUAAAAUUAAAUGCUCAUACUGAUGUUGUCAAUUCAGUAUGUUUCUCUCCAGAUGGUGCUAUAUUAGCAUCUGGUAGUGCAGAUAAAUCAAUUUGUUUAUGGAAUGUUUAGACAGGAUAAUAAAUAUUAAAAUUAAAUGCUCAUACUGAUGUUGUCAAUUCAGUAUGUUUCUCUCCAGAUGGUGCUAUAUUAGCAUCUGGUAGUGCAGAUAAAUCAAUUUGUUUAUGGAAUGUUUAGACAGGAUAAUAAAUAUUAAAAUUAAAUGCUCAUACUGAUGUUGUCAAUUCAGUAUGUUUCUCUCCAGAUGGUGCUAUAUUAGCAUCUGGUAGUGCAGAUAAAUCAAUUUGUUUAUGGAAUGUUUAGACAGGAUAAUAAAUAUUAAAAUUAAAUGCUCAUACUGAUGUUGUCAAUUCAGUAUGUUUCUCUCCAGAUGGUGCUAUAUUAGCAUCUGGUAGUGCAGAUAAAUCAAUUUGUUUAUGGAAUGUUUAGACAGGAUAAUAAAUAUUAAAAUUAAAUGCUCAUACUGAUGUUGUCAAUUCAGUAUGUUUCUCUCCAGAUGGUGCUAUAUUAGCAUCUGGUAGUGCAGAUAAAUCAAUUUGUUUAUGGAAUGUUUAGACAGGAUAAUAAAUAUUAAAAUUAAAUGCUCAUACUGAUGUUGUCAAUUCAGUAUGUUUCUCUCCAGAUGGUGCUAUAUUAGCAUCUGGUAGUGCAGAUAAAUCAAUUUGUUUAUGGAAUGUUUAGACAGGAUAAUAAAUAUCAAAUAUAAGUACUCAUACUGAUGCUGUCAAUUCAGUAUGUUUCUCUCCAGAUGGUGCUAUAUUAGCAUCUGGUAGUGCAGAUAAAUCAAUUCGUUUAUGGGAUGUUUAGAAAGGAUAAUAAAAAUCAAAUAUAAAUGCUCAUACUGAUGUUGUCAAUUCAGUAUGUUUCUCUCCAGAUGGUGCUAUUUUAGCAUCUUGUAGCAGAGAUAAGUCAAUCUGUUUAUGGAAUGUUAAUUGGAAUUAUUUUUUUGUAAAAUUGGAAGGCCAUACUAAUAAUGUCAGCUCAAUAUGCUACUCUCCUGAUGGCUCCAAAUUAGCAUCAAGUAGUUCAGACAAAUCUAUCCGUUUAUGGGAUGUGAAGACACAAUAACAUUAUUAAGAAGGCAAUAGGUAAUCUACUUAAAUUGCCAAUUCAAUAUGCUUUUCUCCUGAUUUUGCGACAUUGGCAUCUGGAGGCAGCAAUAAUACUAUCAGUUUAUGGGAUGUUAACUCAGGACAAAAAAUUAUGAGAUUAGAUGGUCACAAGGAUAUCAUUACUUCUGUAUGCUUUUCUUCGGAUGGUACUAAAUUAGCAUCUAGCAGUACAGAUAAGUCUAUUCGUUUAUGGGAUGUGUAAGAGAGAUGCCUUAUAAAAAAAUUUGAUUUUCAAACUGCUGAUGUCUUUAUAUUAUUCUUCUCAUUAGACGAUUCUACAUUAUGGUAUUGUAGUAAUUAAUAGUUUUUCGAUUUGGAUCUUAAGACCCUAUAGAGCUCUCCUAAUAAAAGUUUUACUUAUGAUUUUAUAGCUUUUAAUACAAGUAAAGAAAAAUAAUACUGUAUCUAUAGUUUUAUUAUUAUUUAGUCCACCCUAAUGUUGCUAUUCACCUUAUAUCCAAAUAGCUGAUAUUUUAAGCAUAAAAGGCUUUGAUCUUCAAAUCAGAAUUUUUUAAUUAUUAGGGAGUAGAUAUAAGAGCAUUAAUAAAAUAAAGAGGAGGCUUUGAUUUAGAAAACGAAAUAAAAUAAAAGUAAAAUUGA